GUGCCGUACUAGAACCAGCCUGUGCCUCCCAUUCGCGCACAGUAUGGACCCACAGGCGGAAAUAUGAACAUGAAUAUGUCCCAACAGUUUCAGUCCCCAAAUUUAGCCUCAAUAUAUCACGGCGUGGCAGCAAAAGUGGGCUCCGGCCUUAUUGACGACCCCCUGGAGGCCUUCAAUCGCAUUAUGAAGGAGAGAGAGAGACAGAAAUUCGAGAGAUUUCGGAGCAUAGAUCAUCACAGGUCCAGGUCACCGGAUAGGCAGAGGUCACAUCGCUUCAAAUCCCCCGUAUACGAAAAAGAGUCACUGAGAGACCUGAAUCUAAAGGAUAAACGACCUAGGUCGAGGGAAAGAAAGCGCGAGUAUAGCUACGAACGACAUACGCGACACAAUAGACCCAGUCGUCAGCCCUGCGAUGGGUCCAAGUCGCCCAUAAACAAAAUUAAAAGAUCGGCGUCUCGCCGUUCUAUAUCCCCUAAAGCGUCUUAUAAAUCGGACUUCAGGGAGAAGUCAUAUGCCAAGCCCAGUGCUCCCAAACUUGACCCAUUUGAGCCACCUCCGCCAGGGUUCGAGGGCAUGCAAUUGUUUGAUGAUGCGGCGGCUUACAAACCAAAGCACCAUCUGGGCGGCAGUGGGGGGCAUGCCAAGAGAAGUGCCGCCGAGGACGAGUUGCCACGCAAGCGGAAAAGGUCGCGCAGCAGAAGUAAGGAACUGAAUCAAAAACUUAUUGACACCAGCUUCAGAAGCCUGACUCCUCCCCCAGCGAAAGUAGCCAUUAUCGCCCCGAGGCAAUCAACUGUUGGGCCCAGCUACGACCACUGCGAAAGGUCUCCCAAGACGCCAGAAAGAGGACAGGUCGAGUAUUGCAUGCAGCCGAUACAGCGAGUGGUACAGAAUGCAGCCCCAGAGGCGACUGCGCCCAAUCCCUUGGAUGGCAUGGGAAAUAUGGGCAAGGAGAACAAGAGUAAGAGUCCUGUUCCGUUGAAGGAGCGGAAGAAGAAGAAGAAGGACAAGGACAAGACCGAACGCAAGAAAAACAAGAAAGACAAGAAGGUCAAGAAGGAAAAGGAGAAACACGAAAGAGCCAAGAAGAGCUCGUCCAUCAAUCGGUCCGAUUCGGAUAUCAACAACAUGCAAAUAGAGCAGACCUGUAAGAUAACCCCACCCUUGCGGGCUUUGCCUGAGAGCUAUGGAAAAUAUGAAUCUGCCUCGAAUUCCCCAGCCCAGAGCAAGACCAACGAUAUUGUUAAACCCAUUAAGGCCCUGUUUGCCGUUGAGGCUCCCCAUAGACAUAAUUUCGGUGAGGAGAGCGUCAGUGUCUCCUCCAGAAGUGGCAAACGAAGUGAGGCAGCGGCGUUGAAUGCGGUCAACGUGUCCAAAUGGGAGAUUGAGGAGAACAGUUUGUCCUGCAAUUUCGAUGAUUCCUUUAAGAAGGCGGGCUCUGCCAAUUGGGGAGGGGAGCACACUGAAAUCACCUCAGACGUUAUACGCAAGGCAGAAAACGCGAUCUUUGCCAAGGCCAUAAACGCCAUCAGACCAGUCGAAUUUCAAGUUGUAAUUAAUUCCAAGGGCAACAGCAAGGACCGCUCUGUGUCCAUUCGAAAUGAUAAUAAAUAUCGCUCGCUCUCGCCGAAGCAGCGCCCCAGCAGCAAGUCGGUGAAGGAGCGGCUGGGCAAUAAGGUGGUGCGUGAUAGAAGUCGCUCGGAGGACAAGUCAAGAGGAGCCAAGAGGCGGGAGAUUUCUGCUAAAGUUGCACCUGAUGAUGACGGGUACAGGGGCAGACCAGACGCCAAUAGUGGGUCCCGCAGAGGGGACAAGCAAUCGAGAGAUAGGGAUAGGGACAGAGCUAUUUCCACAGAGAAAAGACACUCGCAACAGGUAUACAAGAGAACACUCCCCGAGAGCGAUAGAAAUAGGCGGCAAUACAAAGACGCCAAGCACAAUAAGAUCGGUCAAAUCAAUAUCCACGAAUCAGAUCGCAGAGGAGCUAGGAGCGUAAAGUCGGGCGAACGGCGCAUUGUAUCUUCUGUGUCUGUGGCAGCAGCCUUGCCACCGAAGCCAUGCCGCCCAGAUAAUCCGUUUAGACGAGCCGGCGACAGCAGUUCGAAGAGCAGUUUAGUUUUAAAAUAUGAUAAUACGAUACCGAAUGAGGUUUCGCAUCCAGUAAGCAGCCGCUCAGCCGCCGAGAGCAGCUUUGAACAAAGGAAACAAAAGGAUAAAAAACUUAAGAAACAUGCGAAAUAUUCGUCAACAGAUUCGUUGAAGAGCGAGAAGCGCAAAGAUUUGAAGAGCAAACGGAAGAGCAAGAUAAUGAAAAAGAAGAAAAAGUCGAAGAAGAAGAGUUUAGUUUAGUCUUAAGCUAAGCUGCAACAAUUAUAAUAUAAUAUGAUUCAUUCUAAUGAUUUCUGUGUACAAGUCAAAGAUUUUUAAGUGUAUGUAUUUAUCAU